AUUUAUUAGCUAUAAGAGGAGAGACCGGUUCUCCAGAUAUGCGUUGUUACUUGCGACACGUUACCGACGAGGGUAAAUUUCAGAACAUGAAGGACUUUAUAAACGCUCAUUGGAAUAUUUCGACUGACUCGGAGAUGCAGCGCAAUAUCUUGAUAGGCCAAUACUCGCUGUAUAUGACAUGUCCCUUGACGUUGUUUCAUGCUAUGCGAUUAUUGAACUGUGUCCCAAAAAACAAAGCUAUAGUCAUUCAUGUUGUAGGUGCAAAUGACUCGGAAGAAUUCAGCUUGAUGGGGUGGGAAAUUUUUCUGCGUUUAAUAGAGACCGCGAUGCCAGUGACGAUGAUAGUGAUUGGAUCGAAUUUACAGCGUAAUAUCCAUAUGUUGUCGGAGAACAAAAAUUUGAAAUUUGAUUUUUACGAUAUGUUAUACGAGAACUAUGUACGCAGCUCGUCAUUCGUAAAACCGGACUUGAUUGUAGGGUUUAACUCGUGUAUUGACCAGCAUAAACUUGGGUCCAGUAAGGAAACGUGGGCGCCGUCCAUUAAGCUGAUAGCGAAACAAAACUGUCCGUUCAUCUUAACGUCUCCCACGCUAUCUACAUUUAAGAAGGAGACAGACAUAAUAAACACAAUUCUGGGUAGAAAG